UCUGCGGAACGAUAAGCGCACACUUGACGAUCUCCAACAAAUCAGCAGGAAACCUGUCACUCGACAAGAGGGCAUGUUGAUGGCUCGCGAAAUGAAAGCCGCCGCUUAUAUUGAAACAUCGUCCAAAGAUAAUACAGGCAUGCAACAGCCAUUGGAUAUUGUUUGCAGGCUUGCAUUAGCUCGGCGACGACCCUAUCAAACAAAAAAAUGCUGUUACCUAUUAUAAUGCGCAUGACUCCUUGAUAUGAUCAUGCUUCAAUGCUUUUGUGAGAUGAAAACGGGAAUUCUCGGUGGUCAGACGGUCAAACCGAUCUGUUUCUUUAUUCAAUAUUAUAUACUCGGACAACCCACUAUGAUACCGAGAUUCAUUCUUUGCCGUUUUAUCGCUAUGUACAGAUAUUGUAUUAUAUUAUAUUUUUUUUUCCACUUUGUAGCUUUGUAUAUCACACUAUGGAUAAAGAAAACCCUAUUCGGAAAUUUGUUUUGCCUUCCUGUAAAUUUGGACAAAGGCAUUGGAUUCUCUGGGCGCAUUGAAGAAUUUUGUUCGUUGUCUUGUUCGUCAGCAGAUUCACCAGCUAGACGGGUCAAGGCAGUAGGUCUGGCUUGUCCCAUGAAUCCGGCAAGACCAAUGGCGCGCUUCCUGGCAACCAUGUUCUUUCAGGCGGCUCCGGUCAGAGCUCAACCUGUCACUGGUUUCUGACAAUACUGCAUUGUGGAACCUUACCACUGUGGGAAUGUUGAUAUCGAACGCAACAUUAUCAUCGGCUG